AUGAAUGUCUUCAGAAAUCUCCUUUAUUCCAUUCAGGUAUGUUCAAACUGGCUGACAGCUGCGUUCACAGUGGACCGCUAUUUAAUGAUCUGCCAUCCUUUCAUCGCGAAACGAUGGUGCACUCUGCGCCUGAGUAAAUUCGUAAUAGCAGCAGUGUGGAUGACCAGCUUCUGCUACACCUUGCCGCGCUUCUACGAGUAUGUCUACUUCACGCCUCUGCCUCAUCCGAUGACAAGAGACUCGCGUCUACACCUACCCAAUCACUGGUACCAGCUCUCCGUCCUAGGUGACUCCAAAGCUUUCCGCUUCGGUUACCAUUUGUGGGCCUGGUGCAUUCUCGUCAUCGGACUGCCUUCCCUCUUCAUCGCUGUUCUCAACAUCUUUCUUGUGCGCGAGAUCAACCGUUCCAUCAAGCGCAUGCGCUGUGAGCAGGGCAUCAAGACGCGGCGUCAUGAAACCGAUGUCAUGCUCAUUGGCGUUAUUGUUAUCUUCUUCGUGUGCCAGAUUCCCUCCUCGGUGAGUCAUGUAAUGUGGGGGAUUCGAGGCUAUCGACAGGAGGAAUCAGUACCCUGGCUCAUCCUAAACGAGGUCGGUAAUCUCUUUGUGAUCCUCAACGCCUCCAUCAACAUUAUCCCCUACUACCUGUUUGGAAAGCGUUUUCGUACUCUUUUCGUGGUAAUCUACUUUGGGUGGAUGAAGAGAUGUACAGAUGUGCGACAGCGCGUGACACCGUUCAACCACUUGUUGCAGUCAGCACCUAAUGGAAGGCCGCGGAUGCCCUCAGCCUCAUCUCCCCUCUCUCCUCCCGCUAUUGCCGGCGUCUCUGGACAGGAUCAGUUCCCAUCUCUUCACUGUUUCCAACCUGGAGGAGAAGGAACGUGCCUUCAUGUGGAAUCACAAAAGCCCCAACAACCAAAUUGUUGCUUAUUUUCUGGUGCUUUCACUUGA